AUGAAGCCCUGCGAAGAGGAGGGGCCGGGGGCUGCGGCCGGAGGGGACCCCUGGAAGGAGUGUAUGGAGGCGGCGGUGCAGCUGGCGCGGCGGGCUGGGCAGAUUAUUAAGAAAGCUCUUACAGAGGAAAAACAAGUGUCUACAAAAACAUCUGCAGCAGAUCUUGUGACAGAAACUGAUAAUUUUGUGGAAAAUGUGAUUAUUUCUGCUCUGAAAGAGAAGUUUCCCUCCCACAGGUUUAUUGGAGAAGAGUCCACUGCUGCUGGUUCAAAAUGUGUCCUCACUGACAAUCCUACCUGGAUUAUUGAUCCCAUUGAUGGAACCUGCAAUUUUGUGCACAGGUUUCCAACAGUGGCAGUUAGCAUUGGAUUUGCUGUUAACCAAGAGCUUGAAUUUGGUGUAAUUUACCAUUGCACUGAAGAACGAUUAUACACUGGUAGAAGAGGUCAAGGGGCAUUUUGUAAUGAAAAAAGGCUGCAGGUAUCAAAAGAGACAGAUAAGUCGAAGGCCUUGAUCUUAACAGAAAUUGGUCCAAAACGUGACCCUGAGACUUUGAAAUUGUUCCUCGGUAACAUGGAGAGCUUACUCAAAGCCCAAGUACAUGGGAUCCGUGUAAUCGGAAGUUCUACCUUGGCUCUGUGCCAUCUAGCAUCGGGUGCUGCAGAUGCAUAUUACCAGUUUGGUUUACAUUGCUGGGACUUGGCAGCAGCUACUGUCAUUAUUAGAGAGGCAGGUGGUAUUGUGAUAGAUACUUCAGGGGGACCUCUAGAUCUCAUGUCAUGCCGAGUGAUUGCUGCCGGCACUAAAGAGAUGGCCAUGUUCUUAGCUCAGGAAAUACAAACUAUUCACUACAGACGGGAUGAUGAGAACUGAGUGACAUUAAAUACAUUUACAAGUAACAUGGAGUUUGUCCUUCUAAGCUACUUAACUUCUUCCAAGAUGGGUGUCUUAGAGGGUACAUGAUUUUAACAACAUGCUUUCUGUGCAGGUCUUCUGUGUCAAAUGUUUUAAAAAUUUUAUUACAAUGUGGCUUCCCAACAUUGUGGGGUGGGGGAAGGGAGAUUUUUAAAACCUCUAAGAUUUGUGGCUUCUUUUUAAUAUACAUCUAUUUCAGCAGUACCUUUUUUAUAUGAUCACCUGUAGCGCUUGUUGCCAGAUUCAAAGUUUCACAUCUGUUCAGGCUGAAACUGAGUCUUUUGUAACAUAUGCAACUAAAAAGAAAACUUUAUUUUUACAAAACACAGAUCUCAGGUAAAUGAGCUUUAGGAAUGUAGUAGAUGAUAAGUAGUUAAAAUGUGUGCCUACCGUACCCAUAUUCA